AUGGCAACACCUAGCCAGGAAAACAGAUCCAUUGGGAUCAUUGGUAUGGGCGAUAUGGGCAAGAUGUAUGCCCAGCGUCUGAGUGAAGCCGGCUGGAGAAUCAACGCCUGUGAUAAGCCGACCAGCUAUGAUAAACUGAGAGAGGAGUUUGCAAAUGAUACCAGUAUCAAUAUACUUCCAAAUGGGCACCUUGUUUCUCGAAUAAGCGACUAUAUUAUCUACAGCGUAGAGGCGAAGCUCAUUGCGUCUGUUGUCGAAGAAUAUGGACCAUCUACGAAAUUGGGGGCGAUUGUAGGAGGCCAGACCUCUUGCAAGGCCCCUGAAUUGGAAGCAUUCGAGAAAUAUCUGCCCAACGACGUGGAGAUAAUCUCAUGCCACUCACUACAUGGACCAAACGUCAACCCUAGAGGCCAACCUUUGGUUUUAAUCCAGCACAGGGCAUCAGAUGAGAGCCUAAAAUUCAUUGAAUGCAUCUUCAAGUCCUUCCAGUCGAAAUACGUCUAUCUCAGUGGAGAGAUGCAUGAUCGGAUCACCGCAGAUACCCAAGCAGUUACCCAUGCUGCGUUUUUAAGCAUGGGAACCGCAUGGCAUGCAAACAGCCAGUUCCCGUGGGAGGUUCCCCGUUAUGUUGGCGGCAUCGAGAACGUAAAGAUCAAUAUCACCUUGAGAAUAUAUGCAAACAAAUGGCACGUCUAUGCAGGUCUUGCUAUACUCAAUCCUUCCGCCAAAAAGCAGAUCAGACAAUAUGCGGAAUCAGUAACGGAGCUGUAUAAACUGAUGUUAGGCGGACACCGUGAAGAACUGACGAAGCGGAUAAAGACCGCCAGAAAGGCCGUGUUUAAGAGCAGUUCCGCGAAACAGGAUCUAUUACUCCAAGAUAACGUCCUGGAUAGAUUUUCUUUAUCUAAGGGACGAACGGAAAGGAUGCCAAAUAACCACCUAAGUCUACUUGCUAUCGUUGAUUGUUGGUGGAAACUGGGAAUUGUCCCUUACGACCAUAUGAUCUGCUCAACUCCUCUUUUCCGCCUCUGGCUCGGAGUCACAGAGUACCUAUUUCAGAACGAGGAACUUUUGGAUGAAGUGAUUGAUAUUGCAAUCAAGGAUAAUACAUUCCGAUCUGACGACCUUGAGUUUACCUUUGCAGCACGAGCAUGGUCGGAAUGCGUAUCCUUUGGAGAUUUCGAGUCGUAUCGCGAUAGAUUCGAGAAGAUACAGUCUUACUUCGCCCCAAGAUUCCCCGAGGCUGUCCGAGUUGGCAACGAGAUGAUGAAGACCAUCCUGGAGAAGACAUCAAAGCCAUCUUGA